CUAACUGAAGUUUGAUACCAAAGUAAUAGAACAGAAGAAGACGAAGACGACGAAGAAGAAGAAGCACCAAAAGCAACAUCAGCAUCAGCGGUUAUGGUACCAGGUUGGUAACCUGAGCCCCGGUGCGUCUUUCCGCAAGAAGAGCCACGCUGUGCAUACAGAGUAAUUUGCAUCUUGCGUGCACCCUUCAUUUGGAGCCCAUUUCUACAUUGUCACCAGCGACACCAGAGAGACUUUAUUCACAUUUGGAACUUCAACAGAUGAUACAGCAACACUUUGAUGAGACAUUCAGGUUAAAAUGGUUUUGGGUAUCUUUCCAUCCUUGUGGCGAAACAGUUGAAGUACCGUGGUCACAGCCACAACUGGACUGCUGAGUUAUCUCGGCAACAGAUCCACCCAAAUCUUCUCCAUUAAAAGGACUUGCAAACGGCAAAACUGUUAUACCACAACAAUAUCUGCCUGCUGUGAUGUAUCACCACCAGUCCCAGUCACAAGACGCCACGUCUUUUCCCAAUUCACCAAGGCCCGUUCAUAAUCAGCAAACAAAUCAACAACAUAAUUCCUCUGCCUCUAACAUGCGUUCUGGCUUCCCAUUUCCUCGCCAUACGCAACUUCCUGAUGAGCUAGAAUCCGCUCUGGCUGUUCGAGGAAGCAGGGACACGGACCACCGCCUAACUUACCACACAAAUCAGCCAAACCAACAUCAGGGCAAAGGCCCGGUGUCGGCAGUCGCUCAACAAGGAGGCUACAGUUCCAGCCCAUUACCACUCACCUCUGAUAAUCAGGCUGGUCAGCAAAGGGCAGACUGGUCAAGCUUCCAACCUGCAAAUAAACUGUUCACCAAACCUCCAUCUGGUGUUGGUCAUCACUCUCAACUCCAAGGCCACCACCAGCAAUCUCAGACAAACCAAACGGGAACAACCAUUCCAAGUUGGGCAUCAAGCAACUCUUCUCAAGCCCAGCAAGCACAUAGUGUUGGUGCACACGGCCAGAGUUUGUAUACACCUGAAAAUGCGGGAAGUAUCUUGGCAAGCUUUGGACUAUCAAAUGAGGACCUCGAAGUGCUGAGUCAUUACCCGGAUGAUCAGCUAACCCCAGACACUUUACCGUUUAUACUCCGUGACAUACAGAUCAACAAGUCGGACAACCAAAAUACUGUGACACACAACAUUCGUGACAAGCUGCUUCCCCAGACAAACAAUUCUCAGCUGAGCGGGUCAUGCGCCCCUGAAGUACCCAGCCUUCUGACGGUUACAAAGCAAGCAGGGCAAGUCAUUGACUAUGGUCAUGCCAGCCGGGCAAAGGAAAGUACUACGACAAAGACUUUUAAAAGAGAGAAGCUUUCAAGUGAUAGGAAAGUUGAAUUGUACCCAUCAUCGUCGUCAUCAUCAUCCUCCUCCUCUGCAUCUGCUCCAAAAGUGGAAAAAGCUGAAAAACGUCAGGUACGUUUGGUGCAAUUGGAAUCCAGCAAACACGGAGACCGGGACUAUCGCAGGCCAAGCGGCCACCAUCACAAGAGGAGUCAGUCACCGAGUAGUGAAGGUCCACCAUCUAAAUCUCGUCUUGUCGACAAAGACUACAGGCACAAUGAAUCAAAGCCAAGGUCGUCCGCAGAAUCAAGGAGAGAGCUGUCCUCAAGACACUCUAGCUCGUCAUCAUCUGGCACGGCGGCACACAUUACGAGCAAGAAGUUGCCAACCUCCGACUUGAUAAGCGAUUUCUCUGGCACGCGUCCUAAAGUGUUUCCUCAUUCCUGCACCCUGUGCCACAUUGCGUGUGAUCAAGAAAAGGACUGGGUUGACCAUAUUAACACUGUUAACCACACAGCCGCCUGCAGGGACCUGCGGAACAAGUAUCCUGAAUGGAAGCCGGAUCGGAAAAGCCCUCCCCACAGCAAAAGCAGAUCUGACCCUCCUUCCUACAGGCCGUAUGGCAGGUCUUAUUCGCCCUAUGACCAUUACCGUCACUUUGCAGGAGGUUCACCACAUCAUUUGAAGCGGCCUUAUGGUGAUCUAAAACGAUCUUAUGACACCAGCUGGAAGACAUCUUAUCCCAAGGCUGAUCACAACUCCAGACAUGGACCAUCCCACUCUAUUAAAGCUGAGAAGAAGUCAACAAAGUCUGGAAUUAAAACCAGUAAGCCUGCAAGUACCAAGGCUGAUGAGGCAUCCACCAAGUCCUCACCAGCCAAGAAGAAAAACGCGUCAACACCAGCAUCAUCAGACUCUUCCGUAGCAGAACGCCUGGUUUACCUGACUGGGAUUCCAAAGCAAGCCACAGAGCAGGAAGUUACCAAAUUAGUGGCGUCCUAUGGCAAGAUCAACAAUGUGAUCCUCAUGCCAUGCACUGAAGAAGAGAGUGAAAAGGGUGACGGAUUAAAGGCAUCUGUGUGCAUGGUGAAGGCUGCCGAUGCUAAGGCUUUGGCAAAGUCUGCAGACAUCAAAAUCGGAGAUCAGCUUAUCACUGCUACACUUGCCAAGAAAUCUGAACCAGUGCAGUCUUCUGUCUGUGGUAACAGCAAGCCUACUUCGAGUCCAGACAAGGGGGCUGACAGAAAAGACUUGGAGAGUGACGCUGACCUGAACACUUCAGAAAAGAAGGGCUUAGUGCUUAUCACAGGACUUCCUGAUGGUGACUGCUCCGAAAAUGACAUCAUCAAGCUGAUCCAGCCAUUUGGGAAUCCAACUGACAUUAUCUUGGUGUCGUCAGUCAGAAAGGUUCUCGUGUCUGUGCCGAAUGUGGAAACUGCUCAAGAGGUGGUGAAAAUUCACACUGCAACGCCUGCAAAAAUGAAAGAUUGUGAGCUCAAGAUGAUUACUAUCGAACAGCAUGUUGGCAUCGACACACCAGUGGCACUCUACAAUCUACUGAUGCAGUCGGUGGACCCGUUGGAGACUUCAGUUCCAGUUGGGUGGAGCAGCCUCUUGGUGAUCAGCAACGUUCCAAACACACAGUUUGCCUUCUCGGACGUCAGGCAACUUGUUGCACGUUUUGGCACCGUUGUCAAAAGUCUGGAAGUCAACAAUAUGGUUAUUUGUGAGAUGGCAACUGCAGCCAUGGCCAUGUCUGUCUACAAGCGUUUCCAGAGGUUCCCCUGCAUUAUCCAAGAAAACCCUUUGUUGUUUUCCCGCAAGCCUGACCCCAAAGUGAGCACACAGACUCAAGUCUGUUCUCCAAACCUACAUUCAACUGAGGAAAUUCUUGCAAAUGAUGACGGCAAAACGGGUGCAGUUCACCAAGAGGAGAAGGCAAAUGAAGACACUUCUUCUUUGAAAAAGCUAGAACAAGGGCCAGAGGUCAUAAAUGACCCUGAGAAGGUGGACAGCAAAGAGGAAAUCGUGGCAAAAAACGGAAGCAACAUUGUCACAAAUUCAAACAAAGUCCCUGAUUCCGCACAAGAACAAUCAAAGAUUGAAAUAUCAGCUAUUGACGCAGACAUAAAGGACGACGAGGAGAUGCCAGAUGUUGAAGCAGAUAAGAAGACCAACGAGAUGCCGGCUAAUGAAGCAGAAAAGAAGACCGACAAGGAGAUGCCGACAAUUGAAGCAAACCAGACCACUGAGGAGGAGAUGCCGGCUAUUGAAGUAGACAUGAAGCCGACUGAGGAAGUGCCGGCUAUUGAAACAAGCAUUAAGACUGACGGGGCGGGGUCAGCUAUUGAAGCAAAUAUGAAGACCCACGAAGAGACAUUGGUUAUUGAAACAGACAUGAAGACCAGCGAGGAGAUGCUGGUCAUUGAAACAGACAUGAAGACCAGCGAGGAGAUGCUGGUCAUUGAAACAGACAUGAAGACCAGCGAGGAGAUGCUGGUUAUUGAAGCAGACAUGAAGCCCGACAUGAAGGAGAUAUCAGCUGUUGACGCAGGCGUGGCGCCUGACGAGGUGACAUCAACUCCACCAACAACAUUAAAUGCUGCUGAGUCAGAAGAAGACACUAAGGACAUGAUCAUUUCAGGGUUUACUGAGGAUUCUCGAGAGGUGAGCGAUGCUGCAGAAAGAACUGGUGGCCAUCCGGAUAAAGUGGCAUCUGAUGCAGAUGGAGACCUGGAGACGAAAAGGGAAAAGGCAGUUGAUGAAACCAAGGAGCCAGAGAGGAGCCACACAGAGGCAGCUUUAAAGACGCAGGAGAGGGAGAGAAUUGAAAGAGAGGCCAGAAAGGAGAAGGACGCAAGGGAGAGAGACAGGAGAGAUAAGGAGAGGAGGCUCCGGGAGAAGGAGCACAGGGCCAAAUGGGAUCGGGAGCAGGAGGAAAGAACCACGAGAGACAGGAAGGAAAGAGAAAGGAGGGACAGGAGGAGGGAACAUGGUGAUGGCUUCUUAGGAAGGAGAUCGUCUUGGAGGUCUGAGCCAUAUAAAACCACCUCCACGGAUGAGCCAGCAGCCUCAAACAAACCAGAUGCUGAGAUACCAGAAAUGGGUAUGGAUGAGGACUUUGAUUCAUUCCCGUUCAACAUGAGCGACUUUGUGACUGUGGAUGAAGUAGGAGAUGUAGCCGACUUCCCCCACUCUCCUCCUCUUUCUGCUCCAGAGGAAACCACAGAGCAAGAACAGGAUUCCCCCACAUGUGUCUCACAGUGCACCCCUGAGGACACCGCCUCGGAAAUCAGCAAAGGAACGUCAUCUUCUCAGCCUGUGAAGUCUGAUGAUCCCGUAACCAGUAGUCAGGAUGAGCUCUUGAAGCCUGAUUAUCCAAUAGCAGAUAGUCGGCAUCAACCCGUGACGUCUAAUGAUCCCAUGCCAGAGUGUGAAGAUCCACUUACAUCCUUAGCCCAGACCUCGGAUGCUCCAUCGCCAGCCGUGAUGGGCAUGCUGAGCUGCAAAACUGCAGAAGCUCCAGCAGAAUCCUUACCCUUGGACCAAAACCUUGUCCCAACCUGUCCUCCAGGAGAGUGUGACACAGGUGGUCCAUCUACGGAGACCAGUACGAGUGCAGGAAGUAGAGCCUCAGAAGAAAAGGAAGAUAAAACGGCAAGUGUGGAUAAUAGCCCCGGAAAGGAGACUGGGAGCAUAGCGUUGGAUAAAGAAGAGGAAAAGAUGGAAACCACGGAGGACAAACAGACAACCCUUCCAGCUGGAAGCUUUGGGAUGUCUGAGAACCAAUCAAUCACUGACGAUGGGAGUGAGAAGAAGCAAGUAACGAAAGAAACUCCAACACCUCCAGACAACACUCUCAGUUUUGACCCCAGCAACCCAGUUGGGAUGGAGUUCUUGGUCCCCAAGACGGGCUUCUUCUGUAAGGUGUGUAACCGUUUCUUCAGUGGCAACCAUGAUGCUCAGAUCCUCCACUGCAAAACACUCAAGCACUUUGACAACCUGCAGAAAUACUACAAGGAAAGAGCGAACACGACUGUCAAACCACUUUAGCUACUUUGGAUGAACAUCCACAUUCUCUUCCUCUGGAUUCUCGAUUCUUCAAAUGGCUGCAGUAAGUGAAGACAAACAUCAUGGCUGUACUACUUCUGGUACUAGUACUAGUACUGGUACUAGUACCGCUAUGUUUUCAAGAAAACUCUGAAUAUGUUGAGUACCACCGUUGAAGCGCUCUUCUCCACAUGUGUACGUGUUUGUCAGAGAUACUGUAUGAGCUGACUAACGAUGCGUCAUCAAACAGACGUCACAUGUCAGCAACCCUUCACCUCAUGAAGACCAUCCUACCAUCCAUACUGUUAGUUUACUUUUAGUCCUGACUGCUUGAUUUCUCUUAUUGGCCUCAUUCUCUUCAAACACACACGCAUAUUUGGCUUAUUUGUGGAUGGAUAGUGAUGAAAGAUGGCUGAUUGGUUUACUGUACCUUGUACCACAGUGUACCUUGCAUUAAAGAGCUUCUACAACACUUGUCAUUGUCAUUUCCUCAAUAGCGGUAUUUUGUCAUAAAAAUAUACUAUUCUUUAUAAGGUUUACAGUAGCCACGUAUACAUGGACCCAAAUAUUCCAAUUGCAUUCGGUUUAUUUGCUCAAACAUUUGUAUACACCUCAUUACAACUUUUAUUCUCGUAAAUGUAUGACUUUAUUUUCAUAAAUGUCCAACUUUUUUGCUCAUUUGUGCCUAUUUAAAAUUUUGAUAUUUUUUUCUC